GAAAGAGACAACAGAGAAGAGCCACGAACAUAAAUUUUUUCGAUCGUGUCGCGUGUCUUCUCUCUCUUUUUCGUAUUUUUAUUUGUUUUUAAUGUUGAAAUUUUCGAUUCUAUGUGUAAAUACCAAACUAUUCGCGAAUUACUAUGUGUGUGCAUCAAAACAAAUAUUUCAACCGAAUUAAAACCAAAGUAUGUAAUACACGUCCAAAAGUGUAAAACCAGACUCGAUUGAAUCAAAUCGAUUGAAAUUACAUAUAUAAGUAUAUCAAAGUAUAUAGUGCCUAUAAACGUGAGUGCAAGUGAAACAGAGAGAAAGAUAGAGGUGGAAAGAGAGCGGAGAGAGAGAGAGAGAAAAAGAGAGAGAAAAUAACGAAAGAAACAAACCACAAUUGAAAACAAUACUCCAGUUGAUAAAUUGAUGAUUCACAAAAUCUAUAUAGAACAAUUGUGUGCGGUGUUGAUUCUUUGAAUUGAAAAUUUUUUUGGAAACUGAAUCAUCUCAUCUAUAUAUUUUCCCACAUGAAACAAAAACCAAAAAUCAAACGCCGAAAGAAAAUUAAAGCAAAACCAACAACAAUCACAAUAUUUGUACAGUUAAAAUAUGUCACCGACGAUAAGUGCAACCAAGAAAGCGGCCAAAAGUGGCCGACAAACAAAUAAUUCAUUGUCUUCGAUGAGCGGACAUCUUAGCAUUGCCAAUUCAACGUCGGCAUCAACAUUGAAAUCAAAUGAAUCCAAACAAUCAAAUAGUAACGCUUCCACCGGCAAAACAGCAAACGAGUCGAAAAAAUCGACCAAAGUGCCGAAUAGUAAUAGUAAAACAAAUAGUAAUGCCAAAACGGAGAAAAAAAGUGCACGCAACUCAACAACAACGUCCACACAAAAAGCAUCAUCUAGUUCAGUGCUUACGGAAACGGAAGAAGUUUUACAAAUUGGAAUGCAUAAAGUGCUCGAACAUGUCAAAAACCACAAGGAUGCAUGGCCAUUCAUGGAUCCGGUUGAAGAAGAUAUUGCACCACGAUAUUAUUCAAUAAUUCGCAGGCCGAUGGAUCUUCAGCAAAUGGAUGAACGUUUAGAAAGUGGACAAUACAUGACAUUCACCGAUUUUCGAAACGAUUUUAAGCUAAUAGUCAAUAAUUGCCGUUUGUAUAAUGGACAAAAUAAUGAGUAUACGGAAAUGGUGAAUAAUUUGCAGCAUGCAUUUGAAAAAGCCACUAAAAAGUAUUUCGAUCAAAAUUCAUCGGAUGAGGAUGGUGAUUUGGAGUAUCCGGAUUUGAAAACGAAUGUUUUUCGAGAGAAGAGCAACAGUGCAAAAAAUACAAUAACACCGAAAAUCAAAGAAAUCAUCGGUUCAAAGGGUUUACCAUUGAAGUCAAAAAAGGGCGAGAAUUUGGAUAAAUCGGAACAAAGCGAAGAGAAACCGACCGAGAAACGCGGCAGAAAACGAAAGCAAAAGUUUAAAGAUAAACGAAAAACAGAGAAAGUGGGCAGCUCACAUAGCGAUGAAGAAGAAUUAGUGGAAGAAGAAGAAGAAGAAGAAGAAGAAGAUAAUGGUGAUGGUGAUGGCAACAAUGAUGAUUUGGAUGAGGAAGAAGUUGUGCCAGCAAAAAGAGCCAAAAAAGAAAAAUUAAAAGAUUCGAAAAAAUCAAAGAAAACCAUCGAUAAAAAGUCGAUAAAAGAUUCAAAUGCUGCGAUAACGAGGCGAAAGAGUGGUAGAAAAGAUCAAGAACCAAUUGACGAUGAAUCUGAUGUGGAAUUGGAGGUGGUCAUCAAUAAGAAAAAGAAGGCAAAGCACGUGACCGAAUCAACGACGACGACGACGGCGGCGACGGCAGUGACAACGCCAAAGGCAGCGACGACGGCAGUGACGACGGCGACGACAAAAGCGUCAACAUCAACAAAAACAGCACCGGAAAAAAGUCCGGAUAAAAGUCCGGAUAAAAGUCCGGAAAAGGGAAAAUCGAAGACAGGCGGCCAUGCAGGCAACAAAAAAGAACUGAAAAAAUUGAAAUCAAAUAAAAAGCGAAAGUUGUCUGAAGUGGAAACGCCAAAGGAUUUGAGUGAUGUGGAUGAUGCGGAAAAGGAACAAGAGGAUGAUAACGAUGAAAUAGUGAAGGAGAAAGAGAGUCCAAAAAAAGCAAAAGGUCCAAAGGAAAAGAAAACGGAGAAAAAAAGCAACAGAAAAUCGACGCAAAUAAAAUCAAAGCAAAGCGAGAAAAAAGCGGCCAAUAAAAAGAAAACAAAGCUUACGGGCAAAGGAAAACAACAAAAAGCAUCCGCACGUGAUGAAUCGCCAUCACGAUCGAGAUCGCCCUCAGUAUCGUCGAAUGCAUCAUCGUUGUCCAAUUCACCGAUGCGUUUCACCGUUGAUUUACAUGAGAAAUAUUCAAAAAGUGCCUCAAACACAUCCAUCAAUAAAAUUGAUAAUGUGGAAUCAUCAAAAACGAAUAGCCAUCGAGCAACAGCAGCUCGUAGCCCUAGUCCAUCUUUAUCAUUGUAUUCAUCGGAAAAUUCAAACAGUGUGAAAGAUAAAUUCGAUUUGAUAAAAGAACGCCGUAAUCGUGCGGCAAACAAUGGAAAGGCAUCGAAUAACGAUGACAAAUGGAAGCAAAUUGUUAAAAAUGCUGAAAAAAUAAAGGAUAAAACGUCCGCAUCAACAACGGCUGCUGAUGGAUCGAAAGUACAAGAAAAAAAUCAAAAACUCAAAGAAACCAUUGAAAAACUAAAGCAGAAAAAUAAACAAAGUAAAAAAUUGCUGACCAAAUUGUCAGAUGCAAAAUCGUCGUCGAGCGUUAAUAAAACUGAAGAAAAGAGUCCAUUUGAUUUGCUGCGGGAAUCAAAACCACCUAAAGCAAAGGCCAACACAAAAGAUACCACUGCGACAGUCGCCGAUGUCGAAAUGAAUGCCACAUCUGAUGGUAGCAAUAAAAAAUCACCAAACAAAAAACCAAAAGAGAAAGUGGGCAAAGGCCAUAAAAAGGGCAAACACACGAACAAAACAGCAAAUAUGGAAGCAUUAGAAUUGGAAACGGAGCAAACAUUAAAAGACAUCAAUCGAUGGCUUGAGCAUACACCACGGUUUCCCGAAUUUAAUUCGGCUAGCAAUUCACCCACACGUUUUAAUAAUUUACUUUACGAUUUUGAUACGGUCACAUCAAAACUCGAUCCGGCCGAUUUUCGUCGACCAAUGCCCAUUACAAAUGAUUCCACCUCAAGUGCAACAACUACAUUCACAAGUGCCACUACGGAUCAUCAACAGAAAACAGCAACAAAUGCAACCACAUCAUCUACAUCGACAACAACAUCGACAUCAACAACCACAAUCACAACAACACCACCAUCGAAAUCAGUAAAGCAUUCAUCGAUCAAUGAUGAUAGCAUUUUGACGGCAAAAGAAAAUAAGCCGGCACCAAAGCAAACAAUUCAAUUGACUGGCAUUCCACCUCCGCCGGGACCACACAAACGUGAUAAAGAGCCAAAGAGAAAAACGUUGAAAGAUAAAAUCAGCGCAAUGAUUCCAAAGCGAAAAGAAAUUCAUCGAACAAUCGAACGAUUGCAACCGGGCAAAACAAAAGGCAAUCUUAUCGGCACCAUUCAUAGUGCCGUCAAUAAACAAGAAGACAUCUCCAUUUUGGGCACAUCCAAUUCGAACAAACUUAAAGACGCAAAAAAUGCAUUAGUUCAGGAAACUGAUGACACUGGACCAAAAUUAAGCUUAGGCACCGUUCUAAAUACAGCUGGAUUCGGUUUAAUUCAACAGCAUAAUUUUGCUGAUAAUGAAAAUACCAAAGAUGACGAUUUAUUGUGUGAUUCUGUAUCGAAAGAUGCUUGCUCCGAUGACAUGGAAUUGGAAGAGAUAGUAACGUCAACUGAACAAAUGGCACGUGAAAAAGAGCGCAAAGAGAAAGAGGAAAAGGAAAAGGCGGAAAAAACACAAUCGCCCGGUGAUAAAUCGGCCACCCCAAAUUUAAAUGCGUGGCUCAAAGCGUUUGGUGUGCCGAAAAAACAGAAAAAAUCCGAAGAAGACGAUGCGAAGAAGCCGGAUAAACUGUUAAAAGAAUCAUCACAAAAUUCUAAUUCACAAUCGGCCAAUUCACCGACCAUUUCAAAUGAGCAAAGUACUUUGCCAGCAACUCGAACGCGUAAGGCCAGUACGGGCAGUACAAUAUCGGAACGAUCAUCGUACAGUCAAGAUCCUGACAGUCCACGAAUUGGUAUUGAUGAACGAAUUUGUGGUUCAUAUCCAGCUCCAUAUCCAUCGCCAUUGGGCGCAUCAUCGAUCAUGACAUCACCAAAAGAUGAAACACAAACCAAACCAACAUCACCGUAUGCAUCAAUGAAUGGUUCGAUGCGUGUCGGUUUUUAUCAAGAUACAACAACAAAAAGUAGCCCAGAAAAGAGUUGUAGCCCACGUGAACAACCGUCAGCAUCACCGUAUUCGAAUUAUGCGCAACAUUUGUAUGUGUCAACAACAACGUCAGGCAGUUCGAAUUCAUAUGGUAGCAUGUCAUACACGUCACCGGUGAAAGUGAAUCAAACCCAAAGUCAAAACCAAAAUCAAGCUCCAUUGGGUUUCAAUAAAAAGCAACCAUCCUAUUUCGAUCAGUAUAAACAACCAAAAUCACAGGAUUCCGAUUACAAUUCAUCGGUUGGAUCAAAUCCAACAUCGCCUUAUCAGAGCCAGCACUCACCUUAUCAAUCAGAAAACUCCCCAUAUCAACAGUCACAGACAUCGCCUUAUGCGCAACAAUCGAAUGUGUCGUCGCCUUAUCAAAAUCAGCAAUCUCCAUAUCAGGACAGUAGUAUGCAGCAACAGCAUUCACCAUACAAUCAAAAUAAUGCCGGUCAAGAUGUGCAUACGCAGCAUAUAGCAAGUAUGCCGAAAACAUCGCCACAACCAAUUCAGCCUGUGUCACAGCACAUAAGUCCAAUACCAUCAAUGAAUACUGUUUCGCCUACGCAACAACCGCAACAUCAACAGCAGCCGCCACUUGAGAACAAAACCGUACCAAAUUCAAUGCAAUAUGGCCUGCAGGCGUAUUCAGGCCAUUAUCCAAAUCUUGUUGAUCCACCGGCACCGUCGGUCAUCAAUAGCAGCAGCUCGUUACAUGACAAAUCAAAACCAAAUGACGAUGAACAACGUGAUAUUCUAAAUUUGGAUUAUGCAAAACAAACAUCGGCAGCCAAUAAAUCGAGUCUUAGUAAUAAACCAACGGAUCUAUCACACAUCGAUUCACUGAAUAAACCACCGCAACAGCACGGCUAUGAGCACAGUAUGUUUGAACCAAUGGGUUUCAACAAAAACUAUGACAUAUCGUCAACAAAAGCGAUUGAAAUGUUCAAUCGUGCGGCCACUAUGAGCUUCUCAAAAUCAUUUCCAACACCAUUGUCAUCUGGCGGUGGUAAAAAUGAAAAUGCCACACCAAGUAGCUUGUUAAACACAUACCAACCGCCAUCGAUGCAUUCAAACUAUUCAAUUUAUUCGCUUGACAAUAAAUCAGCAACGCAUAUCGGUUACAGUCCACAUGAUACUGACAACCAAACGAAUCAAUCGCAAUCAAUGCAUCACACCGACAAACAUUUAUCAGAUCCAUCAGCGGCAGUUGUACGACAUGGAUUGUAUGGUAGCGAACGAAUGGAUUCAAUGUCUUCAAUGCCAACGGCAUCUAUUCCAAAUGAUAAUCGAAUGAAACCAAGCGAAUUGAAUGUAUCAACCAUUCCACAUCGUUAUGAUGUACCAACAUAUGAUCCAAAUAUGCGCAUUCAUUCGUUAGUCGAUGACAAUUUAAAUGGUGGAAAUUGUUAUUAUCCAUCAAAAGAUCCAAGUGUAGCACAAAGUAUUUAUGGAAAAAAUGUGCUUCCACCAUCUUCGUCACAAACACCACCAUCUACCUUAAAUCAUCCGUAUAAAUUGCCAACGGUAGCAGCUCCACAACCCGUCGAAACAAAACCGAAACGAACGCGUAAAAAGAAGAAUGCCGAAGCAGCAGCACCGCCGCCAACUUCUGUUCAAGCACCAUCAAUUUUACCACCACAAACCCAAGCACCGCCUGUGAUCAACAAUCAUCAAAUGAUGCAACAACAUAAUUUGGGCUGGAACACGCUCGAUUCGAAUAACAGCCAUACACAAGCACCAAAUCAAAUACCACAACAACAACCUCAAGCUCAUUCAUCGAUACUGAGUCAACAACAUCCACAGCAUCCAUUGCAAGCGGCGCCAGCACAAGGUUUUCAAUCGUAUGCUGGUCUAAAGUCACCCAGUCAAACGGGCUUAGUUAAAAAUACACCACCACCAGAAGCAACACCGAUCUCGCUUAAGACAAAUAGCAUCGUGCCGGGCAGUGCAUUUAAUUUUGGUCCAACCAGCAGCGGUUCAUUGGCGCUUGGUGGUAUCUAUGGUGAAAAUACACCGUAUUUAGAUGAAUAUCGUGCUUCAGCUAAUCCAUAUUAUCUACCACCACAAACGCAUCGAUCGAGUGCACAACCUGAACAAAAUACAGAUAAUAACGGUGUUCCGACGGCUGCCGGAUCGCCAGCUUAUGUAACUGCAUCACGCGGAGCAACCUCACCAGCGCCGACAUAUCAUCAAUUUUUACCACAUCAUCCAUACACAAAUUCUCAAAUCUAUCAACAAUAUUUGCGCACAGAAGAAUAUCGACAGCGUAUGAUGUUUGCCAAUCAAGGUUUGUUGCCACACAGUGCACCGACGGGCUAUCCACAGCCUAGCUAUCAUCCGGCACUUGGCAUGCACAAGCCAUACGGAUGGUAAUUUUUCUAUAUUAAAAACAACAACAACAAUCAAAUUUAUUGCACAGAAGGUAUUGUUCAACAAAAGAAAUACAAACAAACAAAAUAUUUAGCUAAAAAAUCACUAACAAACAAAAUAGCCAUAUAAAUAAUGGUUUCAAUAAAUGUAAAAAAAAAAAAAACACAAUUUGAGAAAACAAUUGGAGAAUAGUAAUAAUGAUCGUAGAAUUUAAAUGACAAUGAAGUAAAUAUAUAUAUAUAUACAUAUAAAUAUAUGUAAUACAAGUCUCCCGACCAAUAAAAACAAAACAAACUCACAUUUAAAACAAAAAACAAACAUUUAUUGCAAUUGAUAAAACAUUAUGUUAAAAACACACAACAUAGUAUUUAAUUUAGUUUAAUUUAGAAAAAAAUGAGGAAAACAAAGAUUUUUCCAUCGAUAUAUUGAUUUUGAGAAAAAAAAAACAAGAAGAAAAAAAAAUGAGAAUCAAUUUAGCCUUUAGGAAUGAAAAUCCCCAAACAAACAAAAAAAUCCCAUAAGAAAUUGAUAAAAGAAAUUUUUUCACACUCACACCCAUAUACAAACCACAAAACAUUAAAUGAGCUAAGUGAAUUACUACAUUUUUUUAUAUAGUGUGGUACAAGAUAGAGAAACAAACAAAAAAGAAACAAAAAAUCGAUUGAUAAUAAUCCUUAAUAUGUUUUACCUUUAAUUUAUAUGUGUUCUCAAAACAUCUGAUUGACAGAAAGAAAAAGAAUUGUUUUAAACAAUAAAUUUAAUUAUAGAAUUGUGAAUAAUUAUUUAUCCUCUAAAAACAAAUAGAAAAACGUAAAACAAACAAUAAAAAAUAAACCAUGCACACACAAACACACAUACACACACGCAGACACGAAUGCAUCAGCGGGAACGCCGGCAAUAGCCCAUGAAAUAACAAUCAUUCAUUAAAAACUUAUCAUGCUUCGUGGCUGCUCUGUGGAUCAACGUACCAAAACCAA